GCGCGCGAGUGGGCCGCCGUGCUCGCAGAGGAACGGAAAGGCUGCUUCGAACCGCUGCUUGACGCGUUGCUGCAGCACUUUCCCGACCACUUGACGCUGCCAACCCGGGUGCUAGUGCCAGGCUCGGGACUUGGGCGCUUGAUGCUCGAAGUAGCCGCGCUCGGAUUCCACUGCCAAGGCUGCGAGUACAACUACUUCAACUUGUUGGGAGCGAAUUUGAUGCUGAACUACUGCAUUCCUGUCGACGAGAUCGUCUUCUGUCCGUUCAUGCACUGCUCACUAAACCAAAAGACGCAUGACAACCGCUUCAGACAGUACCCUCUCCCGGACGUCUGCGCGGCGGAGAUGGUCAAAGGCGCAGGCUCGCUAAACCUCGUUGCUGGCGAGUUCGUGCAGAACUAUCACGCGCAGAACGCGGAGUGGGACGCCGUGUUGACCGCGUUUUUCAUCGACACUUCGCGCAAUGUGUUUUUGUACGUACUGGUCAUCGCCAAGAUCACGAAGCCCGGCGGCUUGUGGGCGAACUGCGGUCCCUUGCUGUAUCACCACUCGGGAAGCGACAAAGCAUUGAAUACUGCGCGCGAGGUGGCUCGCCUUGUCCGUCGCGGUGACGUCGAGGAUGCCGUCUGCGUUGAUCUUGAAGGUCACGUCGAUUUGCGGGACGCCUUUCGGCAGAGGCGGCAACACCUCGAACAGCCCGUCGUUCAGCUCGAGGAUCGAGAUGUCGAACGUGCCGCCGCCGAGCGAAAUGCCGCUGCCCAGGCCGUAUCCUUGACUCAUUAG